CGCCAGUCCGUUUGUUCCUUCAUUGUUCGUGCCCAGAUCAAUUAAGUGGCUACGAGUGAGAGAGUGAGUGGAAGUUCAGUGGGAGGAGGUGGAAGAGGUGGAGGUGUUUUGAUCAAGAGUGUGGCCAUGACUGCGGAUCACGUCCGAGACUGUGGAGGUAGGCUAUUGGGAGUGGCAGCCAGCAUGGGCCGUUGUGUGAUGGACCUGUGCAUAGGCACGAGCUGUGCAGGUUUGGCUGCUGCUGGUGACAGCAUGUUGUGUUGCCUGAGACAGUCGCAAGCGAGGCCGAGUGUGAGAUCGUGGGACAUCGAUGGGGGAUUGCAGGGUCCCGCUUUGCGGCGGUCCGAGAUGGGAGAGUGGUUUGCUCCCUUUGUCUCAGAGAAUGACGGGUGCACUUUAGAAUCGCACGGUACCGACAGGGCACUCCCCUACGCCCAAACCAGGGGGAAGUGAUGCUUGUGGAUCAGGCGAGGACAUCCAUCCAGGCAAAGGGAUAUGUGUGUGUAUUAAGAUACUUGUUACUCCAAAGAUUGCGUAGUGUGAAUCAAUAUACGUGUGUUUUUCAUGAUUUAUAUCUAAGAAGGUUGUGUUUAUUAGUGUCGAAUUAUAAGGCUAUUUCCGAA